AACUUGAACAUUUUUUUUUCUUUUUAAUCUUAAAAUUAAUGCCAUUUUGUCAUCCUCGCGCAGUAGUGUGCUGAAGUAGCUCGCGCUCCGCACCGCGCACGCAGCAGCGCCGCUGUUAGCGCUCUGAUCAGGUGCCGUUCAUCUCUCAACCUGCUGUGAAAGAGUUACAGCGUGGCUCAUACACAAACUGCUUUCCCCUCCCCACCAACGUCACCAUCCCUCCGAAACUAACAACAUGGAGUCCGGUGUUUAGAGUGCAAAGGCGGUCUCCAGCGUUUGCUAAACCUAUAUGCUUUUCCCGGUGCUCCCGAGGGAAGACAGCGACGCUCCGGGACGCAUAAAGCGCAACGCACACAUGCUCUAUAAGCGUCAGUGCGUUCGUGCCACUUGAAUCCAUAAAGGACAUGGAGAGCGCGAUGUGAUUCAUUGGACGCAGAAGAUUCCAAAGACAGGCCGCUUUCCAAAUGGAGUUGCUCUUCAUAAUGUAGGACAGGAGAAGUGGACAGUAGUUGCACCCAGGGUAGUGUACCAGGGGACCAUGGAGCCAGAGGAGGAUCUCUUGACCAGGGACCCCCAAGAUCUGAUGUCCAGCCAAGGGCUACUGCCUUCAACAUCCACCUCCUUACUCAGCUGCACCUUCCUGGGCGGGUUAUUGCAUUGUGAUGACAUGGAGAAGGGUGAUGGAAAUGGAGAUUCAGACGGUCCAAAAUGCUUUUUCCCCACACUGGAGCAUUGUGGUAAAGUACAAAGAAGUCCACGAUCUUCAGCCUUCCCCUCAUCUCUCACAUGGGACUCCGACUCGGAGAAAGAAACCUUGGACGAGGAAGAACUUCAGCACUUUUCUAACCCUCAUGGUCUGGCUGCUCACAGCCCAGGAAGUCCCACCUCUGGACAACAAGAAGACAGAUUGGACCUUGAUCUGUGCCAAGAACCUGUGGAAACAAAGCACUUAUUUCUUGAGAAGAUCCCACUUGCCCCCCUGGAGGUGGAGAAUCAAGGAGAUUUUACAUACAUAGAGAUGAAAACUACAGACUACGACUCUACUAAAUGUAGAACAAAAUUGGAGCAAGACAAAGUGAGCCAUCUACCAGAUGCUACACCAGAAGAGGGAUGCCAAAAAGACAAGAAAGAGGAGCAGAAAGUGCUUAAUAGUAGAGGGCGGGAAGAAAAGAUCACUAAAGAGCCAGAUGUAUACACCUUCCCAGGCGACUCUGAGCCAGAAAGUCCACCACCUGGACCCUGGGCGCACUGCACCUUCAUCCAACGCCGAAGAAAAAAGAGGGCCAUAUUGAGGCCUUUCUCUGGCUUAGACACUUGGCAGCACACAACGGGAGCUGGCAGGAAGACCAGAGGAAAACCCUCUGGAGCAAAGGAGCAUAGGAAAGCCACAAGGGUUGGGGAAGGGAUGUUCAAAUUGAAAGAGGAAAAAGGAGAGAAGGUACGGGGAAGGCAAAGGUCAGUAGUAGAGCAUCAACUGGAUGGAGACCUCUCCCAAGAGAUUUUUACAUGUGUAGAAUGUAGCAUUUAUUUCAAAAAACGCACCCAUCUACAUGAACACAUGCAAGAGCAUGGACAGGUUGGUAGAUCUGGGAAGAAAUGGCAGGGCCGAGACAAAACCUCUUGGAGUGGACAUCUUAAUAAAAAACCUUUUCAAUGUAUAGAGUGUGGUCUGGAGUUUGUAGACAAGGUACUCCUGUUAGAUCAUCAGCGAUGCCAUGAGGAGUCGCGGCAGAAAAUCCUUAAAGAGAUCAGAAAAUUAAAAGAGAAGGAUAAGCGGGUGGCAAAGCAAGCCAGUUUCAGUAAGGCAUCAGAGCCAGUCAACCAAGAGUCAACAGAUGUUAGCCAGUUUGUGUGUCUUAAGUGCAACUUUAGCUCGGAUUUGCCUCAAGAACUUGCUGAGCAUUCCAAGACGCACAACACUCGAACAAGAGCUGGUGUCUAUCGAACCUCACCCCGCUUUCAACAGAAGUCCUGCAAGAAAGGACAAGUUCAGUCCCCUGCAGAUGUUACGUCAACUCUUGUCACAUCACCUCUUAACAAGAGGUACCCCAUCCGGGCAUCCAAAAAAUCAAAAGAAACACAGCCCGAAAGUAGCACUUCACAGGUGGACUUUAGUUCGUUGUCUUGUCAAAGUACUUCUGCAACCCCAGGAGAGGCCGCAGAGCAACCUGAUGAUACAACCCUGCAUGAAAAUACAGACCCUGGGGAAGAGAAUGUUCUACAGCCUCAGCAUCUCGUGUCAUCUCCGCCAAACCUGAGAGCUGCUCCGCGGCGUAAGGAUGUGGCAUUCAAGAGUAUAGGGAAUAAACGCUCAGUCCGGGCCGCGAGGGGUAAACUGGGGCGCACAAGAGUGAGUACAAGACUGGAUCCUAAGUCCACUCUUAAUCCCGUUAUGAAAAAACAAGUCCAAAUCUCAAACCAGUCCGAAGAUAAGUGCCAGAAAGAAGACAUUCCAACAACUGAACCAGAACAUGAUCCAAAACAAGACUCCAUAACAGAGACGGAGCUAACUGCUAAUGAUCCAGAUCUCAAAGCCAACUCCUCUUCACCAAAGAACAGCAAAAAGCUUGAAGCACAGGAGGAACCACCCAAACUCAAAGAAGACAAAUCUGAUAGUCAGGAGAAGGUUAGAGAAGAAACACUCGUUACUGCAAAACUAGACGAGGAUGAUGAUGAUUAUAUAGAUGAUGACGAAGAUGAAGAGGAUGUUGUUAGUCAUCUUAUUGAUGCAUUAACUGAGGAAGAUGAUGAAGAUGAUGAUGGAGAGGGGUUGUUGACAAGUGUGGAAAGAAAAUGCCCUUAUUGUCCAGAUCGAUUCCAUAAUGGCAUCGGACUAGCCAAUCAUGUUAGGGGUCACCUGAACAGAGUGGGUGUCAGUUACAAUGUUAGGCAUUUCAUCUCUCCGGAAGAGGUCAAUGCCAUUGAAAAGAAAUUCUCGUACCAGAAGAAGAAGAAAAAAGUUGCCAACUUUGACCCAUCGACCUUCAGCAUAAUGAGAUGCGAGUUCUGCAGUGCUGGCUUUGACACCAGAGCUGGUCUCUCCAGUCAUGCCCGAGCCCAUCUCAGAGACUUUGGCAUCACCAACUGGGAAGUCACGGUUUCUCCCAUUAAUAUUCUCCGAGAGCUUUUUGCCAAGCAUCCAGAUCUUGUUCUACCCACUGCACCCACACAUACUCUCCAGUCAAGUCAAGAGCAAAAUUCUGACGAGGAGCAAGAGUGCAGGAAAGACAUGAAGGAUGAGGAGAACAUGACAGCGGGACCCACCACUCUUUUUUCUGACUCUCCAAAACGGUGCUGGAAGGAAGAGCACAGUAGAAGUAAACUAGAGGAUGGGGAGGAGGCAGAAGAUGGGGAAGAAGAAGAAGAGGAGGUCCAAAUGCCUGGUACAGAUAAAUUGGCUGCAAGCCCAGAAGAAAAGACCCUGUUCUCUAUAGAGGAACAGAGCACUGAUUCCAAAGAAAUAGACACAAUGGGCUCUAACUUGUUGAAAUGUGAGUUUUGUGGUGCUGCCUUUGAGACACGUCGUGGUUUGUCUAGCCAUGCCCGCUCUCACCUACGCCAGCUUGGCAUCGGCAUGUCAGAGAACAGUGGUGCACCCAUUGAUCUCCUCUACCAGAUCACUAAGGAACGCUCCAUUGACACACACUUUACUGGCACCUCCCCUACUGUGGAAUCUCCCAAAAAGCUCCAGCACCAUGCCCCUAUUGUUCCUAUACCCAGCCCCACAAAAGAUGUUGAAACUGAAGAAGGACUGCUGGACACCAAGCCCCCUGUCCCAUUCUCUAUUGCGGCUUCCGCUAUUAAAGUUUCCUCUUCACCAACUACUCACUCUGCAGCUGGCUCCCUGCCAUCCUCUCCAUUUGUAAAGUCUCGGUCCCCUUCCCCAGUGCUGAGAAAGGCUCCCAUCUCUUCCCUACUACCCGUGUCUUCCCCAUUGCGAUCCCAGGAGCAUAAGACCUUAGGAAAGAACCAGCCUACCAACCUCUCUAGUCCGAACAAACCAUUCUGGGCGCCGCAAGAUACGGAUGCCCCAUUGAAUCUUACGAUGGACAUGGACUCUAAAGACAUUAUUUGCCAGUUGUGUGGUGCAUGGUUUGAAACAAGAAAAGGCCUCUCUAGUCAUGCUCGUGCCCAUUUGCGCCAUUUUGGGAUUGAGUACUCAGAAUCUAAGGGUUCCCCCAUUGAUUUACUCAACCGGUUCAUCUUGACUGAUGACUUUAAGCACAGAGCAAAUUCUUUUCUAUCAGAUGCUCCAGAAGACCUGAGGUCCCAGAAGACCACGGUGACAUCCCUUUUACCCUCCACUUCCACUUCACCUAAAAGAUCACUUCCCUCCAGCCCUGUCCUAUAUAAAACAGCAACCACUUCUGUGAGGACAACAAUUGGCUCUAAAGCUACCUCAACUUCUUCCCACCCUUUAUUGGGCCCACCCCCAAAGAAGCUGAAAGCGUCUUCAUUGCAAGUACUUCGUUUCAGUAGUGGAGAAGUUAUGUCCUUUCCUAUAGAGCCAAUGAAAGACGUGGGCUGUGAAUUCUGCGGAGAACUUUUUGAGAACCGCAAAGGCCUCUCCAGUCACGCUCGCUCCCAUUUGCGCCAACUUGGGAUAACAGAAUGGUCUGUGAAUGGCUCACCAAUUGACACACUAAAAGAUAUUAUAGUCCGUCGAGGCCUGCCAUCCAUCAAACCUCUGAAGUCCCCCAAAUCCCCCUCUUCUUCUCCAAUUCCUGGGCUGCCUCGGACCACAGUCCAGUCUUCUUCCCCACCAGGGAAUGUGCUUGGGCGCCCGUCUUUCCAUUUUGCCCAAACUCCCAGCCACGACCAGCCUACUACACGCAAAAUGUCUCCUUCGACAUCUACUGCCAGCUCUUCCCCAAACGUAGAGCUCGUUAAACCGAAACCAGAGCCUGAAAUUGUGGAGGUUACAAUGAAAGGAUCAGACAUGGGAGUAAAUGAAAGCUACAACCCAGAGCCACUACAUUCCAGUUUAGACACUUCAGAUAAUGUUUAUCCUGUCAACUUGGUUAUGACUCAGGAGAAGGAACCUUCCCGUGAUAUUCGCUGUGAAUUCUGUGGUGAAUUCUUUGAAAACCGCAAAGGCCUCUCAAGCCAUGCACGUUCACACUUGAGGCAUAUGGGUAUCACAGAGUGGUCUGUGAACGGCUCUCCCAUUGACACACUUUGGGAAGUCAUGAGGAGACAAGGCACUACCCCUGCAUCUGUUGCCUUUGGCAUAAAGGAGGAACCAGGACAGGACAGUGGGAUUUCAUUAAACAGUCCAGGCUAUCAGUCGUCUGCCCUGUCCCGAAAGUCACCUCUUAACCUGCUUCACUCUGGCUCGCGUCUUCAUAAGCAUGGGCUGGGAAGCGUUGCCUUGUCCUCUACCUCAUCUGUGGGGAAGAUUUUUGGAGUGCCUCCUAUGAAGAAGAAGGACUAUUCCUUUAGGGGUAAAGCCUCAGUGGAGAAACAUGGGGUAGGCCACAUGGAUGCCAGUUGUGAACUCUGUGGAUUUUACUUUGAGAACCGGAAGGCACUGGCCAGUCAUGCUCGAGCACAUUUACGUCAGUUUGGAGUGACAGAGUGGUGUGUAAAUGGUUCGCCUAUCGAGACGCUGAGUGCCUGGAUACGCAGCCGUCCACAGAAGGCAGCAGAGAUGCAGCAAAGUUAUGUUCAAGGAGCCCGCUAUGCCCAAAAGAAAAGGUGUGGUUCUGCUCUCUCACCAUCCCGUGACUCUGACUCUACAACUCCUGUUUCCCAAAAGCCCACUGUGGCCAAAUGGGCAUCUCUCACUUUGCCUCAAAAGAGAGCAAUUGGGCGGGAUGUCAAAAGUUGUCCCUGGGGGUUGUCAUCACGGGGAACUGACGCAAAAAGCAGGAGUGGAAGUUCCACUCAGCAUGGCCUUAUUCCACAGCCUGGCACUCAUCAUUCCAAUAAUGCACUUCCACAUGCGCAGGUGGCGCAUAGUGAACUCAACGUGCGUUUACCACGAGGAUUUGAGAGACGCCCACUUAAACAUCCAUCCCAUGCUGAAGGAGGGGUGGGAGAGAGUGGCACCCCGAAACCUCGCUCCAGUACCGUUCCUGCCCUUGUGCCAAAGCCCCCCUCCACUCCACUGGUUAAACUUGUGGGUAAAAUUUACUCACUUAAGUGCCGGUUCUGUGACGUGGAGUUUCACGGCCCUCUCUCGGUACAGGAGGACUGGAUCAGGCACCUACAGCAGCACAUCCUCAAUCUUAACUACAACAAGACUGCUUCACCUGCAAACGACAGUCCCGCCCAAAGUGACGCACCUGAUCCCAAGCCCCUAGUCUCAGCUGCUACCUCCACGUCAACUACGACCACAGCCCCCUCCACGACCCCCGUCCACACCCUCCCCGAAGCCCACAACUACACCCACAUCAGCCUCCACACCUACACCCGCCCCCAGCCAAGCUUCAGCGGGGCGGCCGGCUACAGCAGAGCCAGUUCCUUCUCCUGCUAA